AUGGGAGGAGAUUUCGGCAGCAGGAGCCUCUACAAUCUUGGUGGGAACAAGAAGAUCUCCAUCAGUGUGGCUGGAGGCAGCUCCCAGGCUGGAGGGUUUGGGGGUGCCAGUGGGGGACGUUUAGGUGGCAGUGGUUUUGGAGGUGGUGGAAGAGGGAUGGGAGGGGGCUUUGGUGGAAGGGCUGGGGGUUUUGGAGGAGCUGGGAAUUUUGGCGGAGGAGCUGGAGGCUUUGGAGGAGGUGGCUUCCCUGGGGGAAUCCAGGAAGUGACUGUGAACCAAAGCCUCCUGCAGCCCCUCAAUGUGGAGAUUGACCCCCAGAUUGGGCAAGUAAAGGCCCAGGAGAAGGAGCAGAUCAAGACUCUGAACAACAAGUUUGCCUCCUUCAUUGACAAGGUGCGGUUCCUGGAGCAACAGAACAAGGUCCUGGAGACCAAGUGGAGCCUCCUGCAGGAGCAGAACUCCAGUUCUAAUACCAGCAACAACAACCUUGAGCCUUUUUUUGAGAACUACAUCAGCAGCCUCAAGGCCUUCUUGGAUGGGCUGCACACGGAGAAGGACAAGCUGCAGGGUGAGCUGAGGAGCAUGGAGGAGAUGGUGGAAGACUUCAAGAAGAGGUAUGAAGAGGAGAUCAACAAGCGCACAGCUGCAGAGAAUGACUUCGUGGUCUUGAAGAAGGAUGUCGAUGCUACCUACAUGACCAAAGUGGAACUGGAGGCCAAGGUGGAGAAUGUGACGGAUGAGAUCAACUUCCUGAAGGCCCUCUAUGAUGCUGAGAUGUCCCAGAUGCAGGCAGAUACCAGCGACACGUCAGUGGUCCUGUCCAUGGACAACAACCGCUGCCUGGACCUGGACAGCAUCAUCGCCGAGGUCCAUGCGCAGUAUGAGGCGAUCGCCCAGAGGAGCAAGGCUGAGGCUGAGGCGCUGUACCAGACCAAGUUGGGGGAGCUGCAGACCACGGCCGGCAGGCAUGGGGAUGACCUGAAGAGCACCAAGAGUGAGAUCUCCGAGCUCAACAGAAUGACCCAGAAGCUGCAGGCUGAGAUUGAGAGCGUCAAGAAGCAGAACGCCAACCUGCAGACAGCCAUCGCUGAUGCAGAGCAGCGUGGGGAGCUGGCCCUCAAGGAUGCCAAUGCCAAGCUCCAAGACCUCAAGGCUGCCUUGCAGCAGGCCAAGAAGGACCUGGCCCGUCUGCUCCGGGAGUACCAGGAGCUGAUGAACGUCAAGCUGGCCUUGGACAUUGAGAUCGCCACCUACCGGACCCUCUUGGAGGGUGAAGAGUGCAGGAUGUCUGGAGAGUGCCAGAGUUCCGUUAGCAUCGGUGAGUACCAGUGCUUUCUCUGGGAAGGGGUUGGACGAUUGGGAUUAAUCGUGGGCCAGCGCUGCUGUGAGAUCACCCCACCUGCAGGCUGGGAAGAGCUCUUGGGUGGUGGCCAGGAGAUGGUGCACAACAGCGGAGGCGGCAGCGGCAGCGCCCUGGGAGGCCGCGCCCAGGGAGGGGGCGUCCUGGAAGGCGGAGCUGGGGCCCGCGGAGGCCUGGGCUCUGGAGGGGGCUCUGUGGUGCGCGGGGGCUUGUCUAGUUCCCGGGGCUCGUGUCCCCCCCUCUCGCAAAGCUCCUCCCAAAGCCAGCGGUCCCACCACAAAUUCUGA